AUGCGAUAUCUCGGCGAAUUGCUAAAUUUUUAUUUCAUUCUCUUCACUUUCCAUCGUCUUUCCGAAAGCAACCCUUCUAUCCCACGAUCUUCGGACUCAGUUAACCCAUCGAGGGCCGGGUUGCCUUCUAUCUCACACUUCCCCGAGGCGGUAGCUCGACUCCAUACCCGCAGCAUCGAUAAGAAUCCUACUGGCAAAUUCGGCUUCCACAAGCCUACAUACAACGGGACGCUUGAGCAGAAAAACACUUGGACUGACACGUGGGAAGAAUUCUAUGCUGAAGAGAUGCGGCACGUGCUGAAACUUGAGGAGGAAGCGAGAGGACCGAGUGAAGAGCUACAGCAGCUCUCAGGCCCAUUCCUUGACAAGGUCAUCCCGAGACUGCUUCGACCUCUGGAGACAGGUGGGAGAAGCAUCACGCCCGUCCUUCUCCACGGAGACUUAUGGCUCGGAAACGUCUCUACUCGAGAGGGAUCUGAUGAUCCGCUAAUGUUUGAUGCAUCGGCGUUUUGGGGUCAUAAUGAGUAUGAGCUUGCAACCCUGCGCCUGCUGCCGGAACACUGCAUGGGCUGGGCAAAGGAAUGUCUUGAGAGUUAUAAAGAAAGAAUUCCGGAAUCUGAGCCCAGAGAGGACUGGGAAGACAGAAACGCCCUCUAUUCCACGUUGGUGCUAUCUCUUCCCCGUCGACCUAUCUCCCUGGUUUUGCUGACUUGA